AUGUACCUGGCAACGGUCUCCGCGGGGCGGAGGCGCCGGGGCGGCGGCGGCGGCGGGCACUUGGCGGUGGGCUGGCUGCUGUUCCUGGCGCUGCUGUUCCUGGGGGAGCCCGGGACGCGGGCGUUCGUCUGCCUGCCUUGCGACGAGUCCAGGUGUGAGGAGCCCAAGAAUUGCCCCGGCGGCGUCGUGCUGGACAUCUGCGGCUGCUGCUUCAUGUGCGCCCGACAACGCAACGAGAGCUGCGGGGGCUUCUUCGGGCUCCACGGCGCCUGCGACCGCGGGCUCCGCUGUGUGAUCCGCCCGCCGCUCAACGGGGACUCUCUCACGGAGUACGAAGCGGGCGUCUGUGAAGAUGAAAACUGGGAUGAUCAGCUACUUGGAUUUGAGCCUUGCAAUGAAAACCUCAUAACAGGCUGCAAUAUAAUCAAUGGAAAAUGCGAAUGUGAUACUAUUAGGACCUGUAGUAAUCCCUUUGAGUUUCCGAGCCGGGAUUCUUGCCUGUCAGCUCUAAAAAGGAUUGAAGAAGAAAAGCCUGACUGCUCCAAGGCCCGUUGUGAAGUACAGUUUUCUCCUCGCUGUCCAGAAGAUUCUAUUUUGAUUGAAGGGUAUGCUCCACCUGGUGAAUGCUGCCCUCUACCUAGCCGCUGCGUGUGCAACCCUGCAGGGUGUUUGAGGAAAGUUUGCCAACCAGGCUAUUUGAAUAUAUUGGUUUCUAAAGCAUCAGGCAAACCAGGGGAAUGCUGUGACUUCUAUGAAUGUAAACCAGUGUUCAGCAUAGACUGUAGUACAGUGGAAUGCCCUCCUAUCCAACAAGUUGUUUGUCCAUUGGAUAGCUAUGAAACUCAAGUCAGGCUGACAGCUGAUGGAUGUUGUACUCUUCCUACAAGGUGCGAAUGUCUCUCUGGUUUAUGUGGUGUUCCAAAAUGCGAGGCAGGCUACAUCCCCCAAAUAGUGUCACGUGGAGACGGAACACCUGGCAAGUGCUGUGAUGUCUUUGAAUGUGUCAAUGAAGCAAAGCCAGCGUGUAUAUUUAAUAGUGUGGAAUAUUAUGAUGGAGAUAUAUUUCGAAUGGAUUCUUGCCGGUUUUGUCGAUGCCAAGGUGGUGUGUCUAUUUGUUUCUCAGCACAGUGUGGUGAGCUACAUUGUGACAGAUAUUAUGUACCAGAAGGAGAGUGCUGUCCAGUGUGUGAAGAUUCCCUUUCUCCAGUUAGUAACCCUGCUGGCUGCUAUGCUAAUGGCCAGAUUCAAGCACAUGGUGAUCGCUGGAGAGAAGAUGAUUGCACAUUUUGCCAGUGUAUCAAUGGAGAAUCUCAUUGUGUUGCCACAGCUUGUGGACAGAGCUGCUUGAAUCCUGUAAAAGUGCCUGGGGAGUGCUGCCCAAUGUGUGAAGAACCCACAUACAUCACAAUAGGUCCACCCACGUGUUAUCCUCUAGUGAACUGCACAUUGACUGAGACAGAUUGUAUUUAUGACUACAGAGUAGACCAAAAUGGUUGUCGCAUCUGCCAGUGCAAAACUAGGGAGGAGCUGUGUACUGACCUCAUGUCAGGUUGCUCUUUGGACUGCGCCUUUGGUUUCCAGACUGAUGUCCACAACUGUAAGCUCUGUCAGUGCCGCCCACGGCCUAAGAAAUGCAAACCCAUAGUAUGUGACAAGUACUGUCCAUUUGGAUAUUUAAAGAACAAACAUGGAUGUGAAAUCUGUCGCUGUAAGAAGUGCCCAGAACUUUCAUGUGGUAAGAUCUGUCCAAUGGGCUUCCAGAAAAAUAAUCAAGGCUGUCUUAGCUGCAAAUGUACAGAAUUGCCAGCCUCUGUAAUGCCACCAGCUAAUGCAGGUUCCUGCUUGUCAGUGGAUGGGCACCGUCAUGAAAAUGAGGAAAGCUGGCAUGAUGGCUGCCGUGAAUGUUACUGUCAUAAUGGACGGGAGAUGUGUGCUUUGAUCACCUGCUCUGUACCCAAUUGUGGCAAUCCCUCCAUACAUCCAGGACAAUGUUGUCCAUCAUGCCCCGAUGAAUCCACUGUGCAGAAGCCAGAACUCAACGGUCCAACCAUCUGCUAUGUUCCUGGAGGAGAUUAUUUUGUGGAAGGCGAUACAUGGAAUAUUGAUUCAUGCACACAAUGUACAUGUCAUAAUGCACGAGUUUUAUGUGAGACAGAAGUCUGUCCACCUCUUCUUUGUCGAAAUCCCACCCGUACGCAAGACUCAUGCUGUCCACAAUGCCCAGAUGAGCCUGUUCAGACUUCCUUGUCAAGUAAUGAGAACAUGCCCAGUUACUGCAAAAAUGAUGACGGUGAUAUUUUCCUGACUGCAGAGUCUUGGAAACCCAAUGUUUGUACUAGUUGCAUUUGCAUGGAUGGUGGAAUCAGCUGCUACUCUGAAUCUUGCCCACCAGUGUCCUGUGACAGACCUGUUUUGAGAAAGGGACAGUGUUGCCCUUAUUGUAUAGAAGACACAACAUCAAAGAAGGCAGUGUGUCACUUUAAUGGAAAAACAUAUGCUGAUGAAGAACGUUGGGACAUUGACAGUUGCACACACUGCUACUGUCUACAGGGACAGACCCUUUGUUCCACGGUCAGUUGCCCUCCUCUUCCUUGUGUGGAACCCAUCAACGUGGAGGGAAGUUGCUGUUCUAUGUGCCCAGAGAUGUAUGUGCCUGAACCUACCAAUAUCCCAAUUGAGAAGACAAAUCAUAGAAGAGAUAAAGAACUGGAAGCAGCGGUUUGGUCUACACCCAGUGAAAAUGAUAUUGUUCACAUGCAUAGAGAUAUGGGUCACCUUCAGGGGGAUUAUAGAGAAACCAGAGGAUCACAACCAAGUAGAGAGGCAUCUCUCAGUUCUCUUGCCUGGGUGACGCUGCCCAUCAUGACUGCCCUAGUUCUUAUAAUAGCACUUUUACUUGUCAAUCAGAAAAAGCAGUGGAUACCAGUAUCCUGCUACAGAGCUCCAACAAAGCCUUCCUGCCUAAAUAAUCAGCUGGUAUAUGUGGAUUGCAAGAAAGGUACUAUGGUUCAGGUGGACAGUUCUCAGAGGAUGCUCAGAAUUGCUGACCCAGACUCAAGAUACAGUGGGUUCUACAGCAUGCAAAAACAGAACAACUUACAGGCAGAUAAUUUCUAUCAGACAGUGUGAGAUGUUGCACCUUUACCAAGAAGUUAAGAAGAAACAAAGACUGAGUCUGCUAUUAAAAUAAAACUAGAAUUGUGCACUUGCUUAGUGGAUUGUAUUGGAUUUGUGACUUCAUGUACAGCUCUAAGACCUUACUGGGAUGGGCUCCAACUCCUGCAAUGUGCCAGAACAAGCAUUCCCACUUCUCCUUGCGAUAACUGACCAAGUGUUUUCUUGGAACCAAAGUUUUAAAACGUGUUAGGAUGUUUUGCUUGUAACAUAGUAAUAGACAUUGCUUGGAAUGGGAAUAUUGGGGUUGAGCUUGAGUGGUUGUAACAGGAAGCCUCAAAGAAGAAAAGCUGGUCAGCUUAACUUGGAGACAAAGAAUUAUAAGAAUAUAGCUUUUUCCUGACACUCCAAAAUUGCAUUUAUUGCAGUGAAGUAUAAGCAUACCCUACCCAAACUCAAAUAAUGAAGUUUGGGGGUUUUUCAGCUGUGCUACAAAAAUAUACUCCUAGGUGAGUACCUGUCACAUCACAGGUGCCGUAUAGCUGCAACUAUGUUUUUCUACCUGAUCAGAAGCUGCAAUAGCUAAUGACAUAACAAGGAAAACAUUAAAGCAGAAAUACAAAGGGUGAAUUUAUUGAAGAUGUGUACUAUUAUACCUUGUGCUGCUUUUUGUUUUUCCUUUUGAUGCUGAUUGUCCAAAUUUUGGAAGUUAGCGAACGGCUAAGGCCUGUACAAUUCCUGAUAUGAGCACUGGAUUUUUUGACAACAGUAUUGGAGAGAGAGGGAAAGGAAGGAAAAGUUAAAAACACCAUCUGAAUCCAGAACUUGUGCGUGUGCGUGUGUGUGUGCUUGUUUUCUUUUAUCAUUGUGUACCAAUUUCAGGUGGUUCAGGCUCCAAUUUUCCAUUGGAGGAAAAGAAAAGAUUUUGUUGGGUGAAGAUCUUGCUCAGAUUAGUUUUUUUUAAAUCAUGUUAAGAUUUUUUUUCCCCUGUUACUGAUUAUGCAGACUAGAAGCAACUUUCAUGCUAGGAAGCUGCUUAAUUUUAAUUGUAUAUUACUCAAGCACCUUUUUGGAAGCUCAGAAAGAAAGGAGAUCAUGCUUCUUUAAAACUUUAGCUUUAUAGAAAUAUUUAUGUAAAUAUAGUUAUGCUUAAAAUAAAGCAUUUGUAUGUUUCUGUGUGUAUAUGUGUGUGUAUAUAUGUACGUAUGUAUGUGUAUAUAUACAUAUACACAUAUAUACACACUAUAUAUGUGUAUAUAUGUAUAUAUACAGUAUAUAUAUGGUAUUUAUAUAUACAGUAUAUAUCGGUAUAAUUUUGUAUUUUUCCCUGUUGAAUGUAUUUUUAACUGAGAUUUUACCCAAAACAGAAACACAGGCAUUCCAUAUUAUUGCUUAAUCAUUUGUGUUUAGAAAAGACAAGAUGAGAGUAUCUCAUUCUACCUAGUUUUAUUUGAUUUGAAAGUGUGAAUAUGCAAGUGUGAGAGAGGGAGAGAGAGAGAGAGCACGCGUGCCCUUGUGUUUGCAGGCGUGUACAGUAUGUGCACAAUUUUAGCAGUAAGCAUCGCUACUUGCUACAUUUCAGGGUGUUUUUUUUUUUCUUUUCCUGCAUGGCCUUAAAAAGGCUGUUAAUUCAAUGCAUUGGCUAGAUACACUGAUAACAUACAGGCAGCACUAAUCAGUUCCACAGAAUAACAGCAUCCGCACUUGGAUAUAUUUCAAAACAGUUGUUUGAAACAACUACUGGAAUACAACUAGCUGGAGGUUUGUUGCAGCUUGACUCAAAACUUUAACUGUAUCAUACAACAUUAACUUUUCCAAACAGGUCUUGGCACUUUUAUACUAACUGCCCAUUUGUGUGUUGCCUUUUUCUUUUACAAUCGCUUGUCAUAAGACACAGAUACCCAGUAUGCUUAAUGUGAAAAGAAAAUGUAUUUUUUUGUAAAGGAACUCUCAAGUAUUGUUGUAAAUACUUGGUCAGAGGUUACUGAACUUUAAAACUGAAAAACCUAAUUUAUUAUAUGACCUAAUUUAUUAAUCUGAAGAUUAACAAAUAUCUUGUUUUAGAAUAUCAAAAAGUGUUCUAGCUCUUCGCAUCAAAGAGAAAAAUAGGUGUAUCAUAAAGGCUCAACAUUUUUUUCUGUUGUGAAUUCAGUUUCCAAAAAAAGAAAAAAUGUAGUCCCCCAGCAUUUUAUACUCAGUAUGAAAACACUGAAACUAAUGUUACUAUCCAGUCACUACCCAGAUUUUGUCAAGAUAAAUCAUCCAUUCCUUUCAUAAGAGUAAGCAGUCUUUAUCCAGAAAUUGUAAAUGCUUGCUUUUGUUUUACAAUCAAGGCCAUAUUCUGGAAAAAAAAUAUUAGCAGGAUAUAGGACAUGGUGUAAAAUGUUUUUAUUAUUUUAUUAUUAUUAUUUUAUUAUUAUUUUGAAGAUAUUAUUUAUCCUAUGUGCUGUAUCCAUUACACUCUUUUACUUUGGUUCCUGUUGUGCUCUUGUAAGAGAAAUGCAGAUAUCAUUUUCUGAAAAAUAAAAUAGAUGCAUAUGUGGCACUUGGAGUGCACUGCAAUUCGGCAGAUUGCUUGUUUACUUUUUAAAAUGUAAGAUGGUUUCUUGUAAUUUGGCUCUUGGCAGCACAAUAAAA